AUGUCCGUGCUCCGACGUAUCAUCACUUGUAAACCCUCCCCUCACAAACUUAUCAUGGCGUCGCGCGCAAUAACAUUGACUCUAUUCUCUUCAAGCACUUGUUCCUUGUGUACUACAGCAAAAGAUGCUAUUCUAAAAGUACAAAAACAUUAUCCAUUCCAAUUGUCCGUGGUUGACAUUCACAAACCCGAGUGUCCAAAGGAGUUCGCUGACAAGUACAUUUUCGAUAUCCCUGUGGUGCAUUUGAACGAUCAGUUUUUGACACAGCAUCGCGUUAAGGAGGAUAAACUAUUGGAAGCGCUUAAAAAGUAUGAAGCAACAGGUGUAGUCAACAAGAUCCCAUCGUAA